CCAAUAUAUUCAUAAUCUUACAAAUUCAACUUCUCCAUUUCGUUCAAUUUUUCUCCACUUAUCAACAGUAUACGUCCAUAUAUUCGUUCACUUUCUGACUGAAAUUUGUGCAUAUAUAUCUACUCCUCAAGGGUUUUAAUUAUUGACUAAUUAUUCAUUCAUUAUUGUGAUGGAAGAUGUUGAAGUUCCACCCUAUUUUCUAUGCCCCAUAUCUCUUGAGAUAAUGAAGGACCCGGUGACGAUCUCCACCGGCAUAACCUACGACCGGCAGAACAUCGAGCAUUGGAUAUUUUCCGUCAAGAAAAUCUCAUGUCCGGUCACCCAACAACCCCUCUCCGACAACGAGUUGAUCCCAAACGUCACACUCCGGCGAGUCAUCCAGUCGUGGUGCACCCUCCACGCCGCCCACGGAGUCGAGCGGUUCCCGACUCCGAGGCCGCCGGUGAGUAACUCACAUAUCUCAAAGCUCCUCCGGGAAGCCUAUUCUUCGCCGGAAACGAGAGUCAAAUGUCUUCAAGACCUAAAGUCCAUUGCUUCACAAAAUGAGGCGAAUAAACGUGGCAUGGAGAACGCCGGCGUGCCGGAGUUCUUGGCCUCAAUCAUAAACUCCGGCGAGGAUCUCAGUCAAACCGAAGAUGCCCUUUGUUUGAUCAACAACCUAGGAUUAUCCGAAACAAGUCUGAGGAUGAUCCUAGGACGUGACACAGUGUUCAUUAACGCAUUAGUUUCUGCCAUGCAACGUGGGACCUACGAAACCCGGUUUUACGCGGUCAACCUUCUUAAGUCAAUGCUAGCUUUCGCCGAGCCAUUCCAGCUCACGAGCUUAGACGCCCGUUUUUUCCGGGAGCUAGUCCUCGUCUUGAGGGAAAACUUUUCCCAGAAGGCCUCGAAAUGCGUGCUGCAGAUCUUGACGGCCGUCUGCCACAAAGGGCGGAACCGAAUCAGGGCGGCCGAGGCCGGCGCAGCGGCGGUGCUGAUCGACCUCCUGCUGGACUCGACCGACAAGAGGUGCUGCGAGUCCAGCCUGGUCAUACUUGAGCAGCUCUGCCAAUGCGCCGAAGGGCGGGCAGAGCUACUCAAGCACGCAGCCGGGCUGGCCGUCGUGUCCAAGAAAGUCUUGCGGGUUUCGCAGCUGGCGAGUGAGAAGAGCGUGAGGAUACUGUAUUCUGUGUCUCGGUUUUCGGGCAGCCCUGGAGUGGUUCAAGAGAUGUUGCAGCUGGGAGUGGCUGCAAAGCUAUGCAUGGUUUUGCAGAUUGAUUGUGGGAGCAAGAUUAAGGAGAGAGCUGCUGAGAUCCUAAAAAUGCAUGCUAAGGAAUGGAAGAACACUCAGCAGUGUGUUCCCUUGCUGGCUUUGAUUUACCCUACCCAAUCCCAUGGUAGAUAAUUAGACAGAAGUAAUUUAAACCAUGGGUAAAUGGCUAUGAUUUAUCGAGCAAAAGUAAUAUGGGAAUUUUAUGCAGCAUUAUUUCUUUUUAACGGAUUUUUUAGCAUUUCUUUUUGAAAGAAAAUGCAUAAAAUAAUGCUUAUCAUGCAUGUUUUGACUUAGCCUUGCAUCAAUGCAUGCACAAUUGUCGCCUGUCGUGAUUUAAUUGAUAAAGGGAAAGUUCCUGAAAUAGGAUUAAAACAGUUUGGAAAUUCCAAAAUAGGACUGUCAUAUUUUUUAUUCCUAAAAUAGGAGUAAUUACUGCCAAGUUUGGAAAAUACUGCCAUGUUUGAAGUCUGGUACUGCCAAAUCAUUACAGUAAUUAGUCUUACUUUGGGAAUAAAAACAUGACAGUCCUACUUUGGAAUUUUCAAACCUUUGUAGUCCUAUUUCGGUUAAUAUCUCAUACUUCAAUUAUUUAACACGGUGUCAAUUUUUUAUUAUUUAAUAUUAGAUUGGGCCUUGCUAAUUUUUCAUUUAUUUGUAAAUAUGGGCUAAGGGCUCACUUAAUUGUCUAGCUAAUGUAUAUAUAGAGAGGUACUCGGUAUUGUAUAGGGCAGAUUUGCUUUCCAACUAAUGAAAUAUAUUCUCUUCCUAAAUCUAAGAUGGUAUCAGAGCAGGCUAUUUGAAGCUUUGUUUUUAAUCAACACAGUUGACGAGAGAAGGGUCACUCUCCCUAGCUAUUCAUGUGUUCGUAUUUUUUAUUCACGUUGAUAUAAGGACGGGUGUGGCUUCAUCAUUUUCUCUGCAGAACUGCACCAGCGUGCGAAGGAAGCAGAGUAUCAACAUGGCCGACCCUACCUCUUUCUAUUACUUGGGACCCGGUGAUCAACCCGGUGACCAAAUUACUCAUGUGAUAUUACGAGUUUGACUGACAGGACUCGUGUUUGCGCACGUCUGGACUGUCUCUCGAGGAGUCUGAUUGGAGCCGGUGAGAGACGAGAUGGGCUUUACUAUUUCAGAAAGGUACCCGUGUUGCAUACUGUUCACACGUCCGAUUUACCUUCAUUCGAGUUAUGGCACCGGCGCUUGGGGCACCCGUCUGAUCGCGUGAUUAAAUUGUUGCCUGCUAUUAGUACUAGCUCUUCUGCCAAACGUUUGAAUAAGCCUUGUGAGGUGUGUCCACAAGCCAAACAAGUGCGUGAUUCUUUUCCUACAAGUAGCAAUAAAACAAGUAGAAUUUUGGAACUUAUUCAUUGUGAUUUAUGGGGUCCCUAUAAAACCCCAUCUACUUGUGAUGCAAUAUAUUUUAUGACAUUGGUUGAUGAUUUUUCUCGGGCCGUGUGGGUUUAUCUGCUACGUGACAAGAAGGAAGUAUAUCGAUUUUUCCUUUCUUUUAUUGCCACAGUUGAAAAACAGUUUGAAGUUCCUGUUAAAAUUGUACGAAGUGAUAAUGGCACGGAAUUUAAAUGUUUAUUGCCAUACUUUGAGGAACGUGGAAUUAUAUUUCAGACAUCUUGCAUUCACACCCCUCAACAAAAUGGGCGGGUGGAGCGUAAGCAUCGCCAUAUUUUGAACGUGGCUCGGGCACUGAUGUUUCAGGCAAACGUUCCUAUUUUACUCUGGGGUGAGUGCGUGCUUACGGCGGUGCAUCUUAUUAAUCGCACGCCCUCGGGAUUGCUGGACGGAAGAACCCCCUACGAGGUCCUUACCGGCAAGACACCUGAUUUUCACCAUCUCCGGGUGUUUGGGUGUUUAGCCUUUGCUCAUAAUGUAAAGACGGGUGGUGAUAAAUUUCUUCCUCGUAGCAGGAAAUGUGUUUUUAUUGGAUAUCCGAAUGGCAAGAAAGGGUGGAAAAUGUUUCACUGUGACACCGAAGAUAUUUUUGUGUCGCGUGAUGUCCAGUUUCAUGAAGAUGUGUUUCCAUUCUCGGAGGUUACUCCGGCCUCUACUUCAAACACUGCUCCUGCUGAACCCAUUAUUUUUGAUUCAGACGACGUCGUCCCCGUGAACUCUGAAGUUCAGGUACCUCCUGACACGGGGUCUACAUCAGCCGAUACUACUUCUGACGGCAUCACUCUUGGCAGAGGCAUGCGGUCUAAGCGACCGUCAGUUUUACUUCGCGAUUAUGUUGCUCAUUUAAGCCCAUCUCCGUCUUCGCCCUCCGACAGCUCUUCAGGUACGCGGUAUCCUAUUAGUCACUACGUUUCUUGUGAUAAGUAUUCUACACGUCACCGCAUGUUUCUUGGAGCAAUUCUUGCAGGUCAGGAACCUCGUUCCUUCAGGGAAGCCAUGACUGAUGAUGGAUGGCGUGCUGCCAUGCAAAAUGAGAUUCAAGCCCUCGAACAUAAUCACACUUGGGACAUGGUGCCUCUUCCCCACAAUAAAAAGGCCCUGGGUUGCAAAUGGGUCUAUAAAAUUAAAUAUAAAUCUGACGGUACAGUUGAACGGUUGAAGGCCCGUUUGGUUGUUUUUGGGAAUCAUCAGGAGGCGGGUAUUGAUUAUAAUGAAACGUUUGCUCCUGUAGCCAAAAUGGUCACGGUACGCCUACUCUUAGCUGUUGCUGCUGCUCGCAACUGGGAGUUACAUCAAAUGGAUGUACAUAAUGCCUUUCUUCAUGGUGACCUGGCUGAAGAAGUCUAUAUGCGCCCUCCUCCGGGUUUCUCUUCAUCUCGGCCUGGGCUGGUGUGUCGCCUGCGCAAGUCGCUAUAUGGCCUCCGCCAGGCUCCGCGGUGUUGGUUCGCUAAGCUGGCCACUGCGCUUAAACAGUAUGGUUUCCUACAAUCUUAUUCUGAUUAUUCUUUAUUCACUUUGCACAAGGAUGACGUACAGAUGCACGUGCUUAUAUACGUGGAUGACAUGAUUAUUGCGGGCAAUAAUUCCACCGCUUUGUCACGUUUUAAAAAUUAUUUGCACUCUUGCUUCCACAUGAAAGAUCUUGGGGUUCUGAAAUACUUCCUUGGCAUUGAGGUUGCGCGAAGCACUGAUGGAAUUUUUCUUUGCCAACGCAAAUAUAUUCUGGAUAUUAUUUCUGAGGCAGGUCUUCUUGGAGCUAAGCCAUCCUCUUUUCCCAUGGAACAAAAUCAUUCCUUGGGCCUUGCUACGGGCGAACUAUUAGCUGAUCCAGAAUCCUAUCGACGCCUUGUUGGUCGUCUAAUUUAUCUAUCGUUUACUCGACCAGAUUUGGCUUAUUCUGUACAUAGUUUAUCCCAGUUUAUGCAGGCCCCGCGACGAGAACACUGGAGUGCAGCCCUUCGCGUCGUCAGAUAUCUCAAAGGCUCUCCCGGACAAGGAAUUCUCUUGAGCUCUUCUUCUACUUUGACUCUUACAGCCUGGUGUGAUUCGGAUUGGGCUAGUUGUCCACUUACUAGACGUUCUCUGACCGGAUGGCUAGUUUUUCUUGGAGGAUCUCCGGUCUCCUGGAAGACCAAGAAACAGCAUACGGUGUCUCGAUCUUCCACUGAAGCUGAAUAUCGUUCCAUGGCGGCUGUCACAGCAGAAUUGAAGUGGGUGAAGAGACUUCUUCUUACCUUCGGCAUUGCUCACCCGCAGCCUAUUUCCUUACAUUGUGACAAUCGCUCUGCCCUUCAUAUUGCUCAUAAUCCUGUUUUUCAUGAACGUACCAAGCACAUUGAAGUGGACUGUCAUUAUGUUCGUGAUGCACUGCAAGAGGGGCUGAUCUCCGCACAACAUGUUUCUACCACCGAACAGCUAGCGGAUAUCUUUACAAAGGCUCUGGGCCAACGACAAUUUAGUCAUUUACUGCGCAAGUUGGGCAUGUUUGAUCCCCAUGCUCCAACUUGAGGGGGGUAUUAGAUUGGGCCUUGCUAAUUUUUCAUUUAUUUGUAAAUAUGGGCUAAGGGCUCACUUAAUUGUCUAGCUAAUGUAUAUAUAGAGAGGUACUCGGUAUUGUAUAGGGCAGAUUUGCUUUCCAACUAAUGAAAUAUAUUCUCUUCCUAAAUCUAAGAUUUAAAUAUUCGGUUAUGUCCUAUUCAUUUGGGUAGCAAAUCACAUGUAAAAAGUCUG